AUGGCGUCGCACGCCGUGAUCUGGUUGUGCAGCGAGGCGAUGUUCUCGCUCUCCGCAAUGUCUGGCCCAGCGGAUAAGGCCUCGGGGACACCCAGGUGGCACGCGGGUGACGUCGAGGUGUCCCCGUUCCCCACCCGGCCCCCCCUGAAGGAUACAGUCCCGAAUGGAGGCCCGCUCCACCUCCUGCAGCUCCAGCUCCACCUGCUUGGAGGCGUGGGGCGCCGCUACGCGCACGUGGUGCUGCGCAAGGCCGACAUCGACCUCACCAAGCGCGCCGGGGAGCUCACCGAGGACGAGGUGGAGCGCGUCAUCACCAUCAUGCAGAACCCGCGGCAGUACAAGAUCCCCGACUGGUUCCUCAACAGGCAGAAGGACGUCAAGGACGGCAAGUACAGCCAGGUGUUGGCCAACGGGCUGGACAACAAACUGCGCGAGGACCUGGAGCGGCUCAAGAAGAUCCGGGCGCACCGGGGCCUGCGGCACUUCUGGGGGCUGCGCGUGCGAGGCCAGCACACCAAGACCACCGGGCGCCGCGGCCGCACCGUGGGCGUCUCCAAGAAGAAGUAACGGGGGCGGGCGGCAAUAAAAGCGCCCCGCGCUCCCUGUCACCCGCUGCGCUGCGUGUCCCUGGUGCCCGCGGGGGGCUGGCGCGGGUGGGGGGACAGUCCUGGCACCCCUGUUGUGGGUGGGGGUCUCGUCUCCUUGAGGGGGCGGGUUUGGGGAUGCGCCGUGGGGAGCGUCGCCAUUGGCUGGCCGGGGCUCAAGCCCGCCCACCUGGUGCUGGCAGGGGGCGGGCUGCCCUCAUCAAGCAUGGCGGUGGGUGCCUCGUAAAGCGCCUGCCUUGCCGUCAAUAAAAAUGGC